GCUCAACGCUACAUUUCCCUGGUCCACCUUGGAAACGAAGAUCAGAGGAUCCUUCCCUGACAUUUUCGAUGGCAGCAUCGUCGCAGAUUAAGAAUGACUCUGCUUUAUGGAUGUUACCUCCGUAAAGAAACGCUGAGAUUUUUAUUUUAAGUGUACGCACAAACCAGUUUCCGUUAUUCUUUCAGAAAGAGUUGUACCCUUAAUAACCAUUUAUUUUCCUGUCAACAUCAGAGGGGCUCCCUCUAUACAACAGAGAGCUAAACCAACUUGAUGGUAACCCUAAGUAAGAUAGCUAAUUCCUCAUAAUUAUAAGAAAAUCCAAUAUUUGCACAUGGCUGUUUGCAGAAAAAUAAAAUACUGCAUCCAUCAGCGACACAAGCCAUAGGAACUACCGUACCCACAACACAACGCGCCUGGACGUCAAGAAUACGAGACAUCUUUGCUUGGAAGUGAAGUAGCACAUCGCUAUAAAGCGAAAUGAAUUUUCUGUUCUGUGGUAUGCAUUAUAACAGGUAAAAUGUUUGUUCCAAGAUCUCUUAAGGUGAAAAGGCCACCAGAGAGCUCUUGUCAAGCCCCAAAGAAAUGUAAAACGAGUCCUGAAGAAGCACAUGAUGCUGGGAAUGAGAUGCUGGACUCUCCGAUCCCUUUUCAGGGAAUCACGCCUUGUGCCCCGGCUCUCACAUACUCUGAUAAGCAGGAUCAAAGUAAUGUGGAAAACCCAGAGGAGAAAAGCAAGAAAGACACAGCACCAAGGACUGAACACCAAGCUGAGCAAGAGGAAGAAGAGCCUGUGAAGUCUUUCAGACACAGCCAAAGAUGGCCAGAACCUGGGGAACCAGUUUGUGUUGUAUGUGGUCGAUAUGGAGAGUAUAUCUGUGACACAACUGAUAAUGACGUAUGCAGUUUGCAGUGCAAAGCGGAACAUCUGGACCAGAUGGGGGUGGAACCUGGGACAGAUGUGGGUUGCGACAAUAAACCUGAAGAGGAAAAGGCUUUAUUUUCGACAUGUGUGGAUGAUGGGGACGAUGGCGAAGGGGAGAUUUGCUCUUACAAGGAAGAUGCUUUUAUUUCAAGUCUGACGGAGGAGCAAGUCAUGAGACUGAAGCAAGAACUGGGCAUCGUGGUGCAGGGACAGGGGGUCUGUAGGCCUGUUAUAGAGUUUGAACAGUGCAGCUUCCCUCCAGUCCUCAGUAGUAAUCUGAAGAAGGCAGGGUAUGAAGUGCCAACCCCUGUUCAGAUGCAAAUGGUUCCUGUUGGAUUGGCAGGUCGAGAUGCAAUAGCUACUGCUGACACAGGCUCUGGAAAAACAGCCGCCUUCCUGCUUCCAGUUCUUGUACGCGCGCUGGGGGAGAGACAAGCAUCCUCUGAAUAUGGUCCAAAAGCUCUCAUCCUAACGCCUACCAGAGAGUUGGCGAUACAGAUCGAGAACCAGGCUAAAGAGCUUGUGAUGGGUUUACCCAACAUGAGAACAGCACUGCUAGUUGGAGGCAUGCCUCUGCCUUCUCAGCUCCAUAGGCUCAAGCAGAAUAUCAAGAUUAUAAUUGCCACUCCAGGGAGACUCUUAGAGAUUAUGAAACAAAAGGCAGUCCAGCUCAGUGGAAUAAAGAUUGUAGUUGUUGACGAAGCUGAUACCAUGUUAAAAAUGGGGUUCCAGCAGCAAGUCCUGGAUGUCUUAGAACAGGUCCCCGAAGACCAUCAAACUCUGUUAGUGUCUGCCACAAUUCCAGCUGGAAUAGAGCAGCUAGCUAACCAACUUACACAGAAUCCAGUCCGAAUAACCAUUGGAGAUAAAAACCAGCCGUGCUCCAAUGUCCGGCAGAUAGUCUUAUGGGUGGAAGAACCUUCAAAGAAAAAGAAAUUAUUUGAAAUUCUGAAUGACAGGAAGCUGUACCUGCCUCCAGUGCUGGUGUUUGUGGACUGCAAACUUGGAGCAGACCUGCUGUGUGAAGCAGUGCAUAAGGUUUUAGCUCUGAAUACAGUGUCGAUUCAUUCUGACAAACCCCAGUGCGAGAGGAACAGUAUUUUACAGGGCUUGCUUCAGGGAGAUUAUGAAGUGGUGGUCAGCACUGGAGUACUGGGCAGAGGACUUGACCUUGUUAAUGUCAAGCUGGUGGUAAAUUUCGACAUGCCUUCCAGUAUGGAUGAAUAUGUUCAUCAGGUGGGGCGAGCAGGAAGAUUGGGUCACAGAGGAACUGCCAUUACUUUUGUGAACAAUAACAACAAGCGACUGUUCCUUGAUUUGGUGAAUAGAGUGAAGCCAACGGGCUCCCUGCUCCCUGCACAACUCCUCAAUUCGCCACACCUUCAUGAGCAGCGGAAGAAGCAGAAUCAGAGAAAAAAGCAGGGUGAAGAAACCAUUGUCACAAAGGAUAACCUGAUCGACAUUAUCAGAAGACAUGACAGACGCACUGCUAAGAAAUAACUGAAAGAUCUUUCAAUGAUGCAUUUUUGCCAGACAUGAGCAAUAAUAAAAUGGUUGUGGACCCACAUAAUUUAACAUAUAAUUCUUUGCUUUUGCACAAGAAAGGUAUCUGGAAUUCUUCAGCAGGAUUAGUGGGUGGACAACAGGAUUGAGAUACAAAGUACUAGUUUGCCAACUGUCCUUGAAAGGAACAAAACACUUUUUCCUGAAACAAGCAUUGAUAAUAUGUUAUUAAAUCCUUCAAAUGAUGUAUUUCCUAUAUAUCCUGUGUAUUUGGAGCAUGAGUUUAAGAACUGCUUUUUAUGGUGUUGGUGACAUUAAUUCAUCGAAUGACGCUACACCUGAUGAUAUUUUUAUAGCUAAGACGGUACUGAGAGUAAGAGUUAGUGUUUUGUACUGUUCUCUUGUUUAUAAUCUUAAAAACUAUAUAGUUGCUACUGUACGUUUUCCUAAAUGCCUGAAGCCGAAUAGAAUAUUUUUGCACAAACGCUGAGAAUCAUGCCAUCUAGCAGAAGACUAGUAUUACUGCAUUGACUAAAAUAAUGUGGAAAUACUUAUGGAACAAAAGUGACCUCUGGCGGAUAGUGGAUAAAGCAACCGUCAAAAAAGGUACCCUCGAAAUACAAAUGACAAUGUGGAAAGAGAUUAUUACAUUUUUAUGCAGUUUUGUUACAAGUUGUCAAGUUUUUAUAAUGAUUCCACCCUUCGGUGUCUUCUGGUUAAAAUAAUUUAACGUUAACGGUAAUAAUUUUACUUUUGCGAAUAAAAAAUGCACAGUAAUUUAAGAGACA